AUGUACCUGUAGUGUUUCAGGAAGUUCAGAAGUGAAGCGGCUUUAGUUUUACUUUCAAAACAUCCAUUGUUAUAUUCUUUGUUUUGAAAGCCUGCAAACAUGUCUAUGGAUUGGCUUGGUUAUGGUUAUGCUGCUCUUAUAACGAUAGGAGGGAUUGUCGGUUAUGCUAAAGCAGGUAGUUUCAUCUCUCUGGUUGCUGGUCUGAUGUUUGGCGUAGCAGCAUUUGUUGGUGCUUAUCAGAUGUCAAAGAAUGACAAAGAUAUCUGGGUUUCUCUGGGCACCUCUGGAUCACUGACUGCUCUGAUGGGAGUGAGAUUUUUGAGUUCAUGGAAGAUUAUGCCAGCUGGAUUUAUGGCCGGAGCAAGUUUACUGAUGUUCCUCAGGAUUGGUGUGAAAGUGCUGCAGAGUUCACAGAAAAAGAGAAGUUGACAUCAAAAUGACACCAUUUAGAAGCUGAUACUUGCAGAUCUUGAGGACACAGAUACUGAAACAGACAGAUAUUGAAA